AUGAAAAACGACAUUUUUUGGAGCAUCAAAAUUUUCAAUUAUACUGAUUUUGGUGCCUUCAAGCUUAUUGAUAAAGGUGGAUAUGGGAAUAUUUAUAAAACGACUUAUUCAGGAAAGGUUGUUGUUUUGAAAGAAUUGAACAAAGAUAAAGAGGAAACAAUUUUGUAUCAUGAGAUAACACUUCUCAAAAAAGUUUGUCCCCAUCCAAAUAUCAAUACACUCCUUGGAAUUACUAAAG